AACGAUGACGUUUGGAGCGAUUUUGGCAUUCUCAAGCCACCAGCCUACAGAACGCACAAUAUCAAAGGCUAUCAGACUUACGAAAUUAUGAAGAAGUGCACGAAAUCCGGCCGGCUUAUUUGGAAUUUCUUCAUCAGUGGUGAUGUGGAAUUUGAAAUCGUGCGGCGAGAAGCCGGAAAAGAGCAACAAAUUUGGCCAAAGGUCACACUGACUAGUUUAAAGUUGCCCGAGUACGGUAGUGUCAUUGUUUAUCCUGGAGAAUAUGUGGUGCGAUUCCGUAACCCGUGCACGACUUGGUUUCCAGUAAAAGUCACCGGAGCUGCAGAUUUCAAACUAGAAUAA